AUGUGUAUUGACACAGACAGUUUCUCUUGUGCUGUAGAAAAUGUUGCUGACAACACCAGCAAACCUCGGUUUGGAAACUUGACAGCCAAAAGUGGUUCAGCUUGUUACUCUUCAAUUACAAAUGACAAAAUGCUCCUUAGUGCUGAAAAAUCCAGUACACCUUCAUCUGAAACGAAAGGAUUGAAAUCCUCUUCACUUGUUCCGUCAUCUUCUUUGUGUGAUGAUUUGUGUAAAGGAUCGUUUUAUGAACCUGUGAAUAAACAGGCAGAGAAUCAACUAACAGAAAGUGCUAAUGCAGUAAGUUUGAUUCCUGAAAAUGAAGACGUUUACUUUAGCAUAGGAAGUAACCCAUCUGGAAAUUCUUCCUUUAAGAAGUUGGAAUGCAAGGAAACACAGGACUUGAAAUCCUUGCUAAUGCAGAAUGUGGUUUGUGAUUCUCUGAGUCCUGAAGACAGCAUUCCUCUUGUGUCCUCAAAUACUUCUGAUUGUAAUAGUAAUGCAAAUUUUUACAAUCCUCCGUGUUUAACAAGUGUUUUAGGAAAAUUGGCUCUUGAUAACGAAGUCAGUCGUACUGUAAAUAGAGAGAAUGAACUUCUUGAAAAUUUUUCUCCACUCGUGCAAAGUAGAAAACAAGCAAGCCCCUCUUCAGACUUGGCUACUUUGCCAGUGUUAAGGUCUGGAGGUACGUCAUUGGCUGACUUACUUCAGGAGCACCAGGAAAGCAGUGCUAGCCCCUGUUAUUCUUUGGCUGAUCUUUACACACAGUCAACAGCAAGUCUCACUGAUACGAACCUGGGAACCUCAUCGUUAUCACAACUAGUAAGUCAACCCCAAAGUUCAGGUGGGAUGCCAGAGCUAACAGGAUCUUUGUCUUCUCUUGCGCUCUCUAAAGUUUCUCCACUAAAGGAGGUUGAGAAUUUAUCUCUCUCGGAUUUAAUAGCAGAGACCAUUGAAAUAGAUAAAACUCAACAAAGGACGGACUUCCCCAUGCUCAAUAUAACUGAAUCGAGGCCCUCUAAAAGAACCAACAUUGAUUUAAGUGUCCUUGUAAAAAAUGCAGAUGUAUCUGCAGAACAAAAUGUGGUAGGACAGUCAAAUAUCUUAAGUCCUGAAACUAAACUUUCAAAAGAAAAACCAGGAAAAUGUUCUGGUUUUGCUAAAACAAAUAAAAAACCCAAAAGAGGGCUUACUCCUAAGAGGCAGGAUUUAUCCCGUUCAUGGAUGAAGGCACUGCGUGCAAGACCUUCAGCUUUUGCUUUAACCUUGUGUCUCCGUUAUCCUCCAAAAGGUUAUAAGCGGCACACAGUUGGUAUACAUAAAGCUUUCCUGUACAGUAGACAAGUACAAGAUGUAAAACCCAAGGAAACUGGUCCUGUAAUAGCCAUAACACCAUUUGACUUCAAAUCAGCAUCUCCUGAUGAUAUUGUGAAAGCUAACCAAAAAAGAGCUUUUACAAGAGAGUAG